CAGGACAGACGGUUGAAUGUGGGCUCCAGAAGAGGAGGUGGUUAAGAAGUGGGAAAGCGAGCAGGAGUGUAUGAAGCAGAGGUUGGUGUUGGAGGACACUGAGGCGUGGCAGAAGGAGCCGGACUUUAGGGGGCUGGAGAGAGUCGGGGGAGUCGACCUGUCAUUUAUUAAAGGAGAUGAACACAAUGCCUGCGCUCAACUCGUCAUACUCAACUACCCCGACCUCCAGGUGGUAUACGAUGUCAGUGAGAUGGUGUGUCUCAGCUCUCCGUAUGUUUCAGGGUUUUUAGCCUUCAGAGAGGCUCCACCACUGCUGCAGCUUCUACUCACACUGCAGAGAGAGCAGCCCGAGCUAAUGCCACAGGUGUUGAUUGUGGACGGGAACGGCCUGUUUCACUACCGAGAGUUCGGUUUGGCAUGUCACCUCGGCGUGCUGCUGGACCUGCCCUGUGUGGGCGUGGCUAAAAACCUGCUCCAGGUGCAAGGUGUGGUCAAGAAUGAUGAGCACAUGUCACAGAUCAGCGCUUUGAGUAAAGCAGGUGACAGUUUCCCACUUGUCACUGAUUCAGGAAAAAUACUGGGGAAGGCUCUGCGCAGUUCAGACCGCAGCACUAAACCCGUGUACGUGUCUGUGGGUCAUCGGAUUAGUCUGAACACAGCCGUCCGUCUCACACACUUCUGCUGCCGCUACCGUGUUCCUGAACCCACACGACAGGCGGAUCUGCGCUCGAGAGAAUACCUGCGAACACACUUUCCCUCGCCCAGCUAAUACACACACACACACACACACAGGUGCUGGAGGAUGAAAGAAGAGCGUUGAAGGUGUGUGUGUGUGUGUGUGUGUGUGUGUGUGUGUGUGUGUGUGUUUGUGAUUGAGAGAGAGAGUAAUAAUUCAUGUGUCUAUAAAACAAACCAAAGAUGUUUUAUUUGAAAUAAUUGAACAAUACAACUGAGUUGUUUAGAAAUGACUCAUUUGCUAAAAGAUGGGUAAAGGUGUGUGCGUGUGUGUGGGUGUGCAUGUGUGUGUGUGUGUGUGAGAGAGAGAGAGAGAGCGAUGAAGCAGAUUUCAGCUCUCAGUGUGGAGUUUUUCUCUCAUCUCUGCUGCUUGGCUGUGUGUUACGUAAUCUUUGCUUACUGCAAUGAGAGACAGGCAUCGACACACACACACAUACACACACACACACACACACACACACACAGAUAUAUAGACACACCCAUUACGGAUUGCCUCUGCAUCAUGUCAGACACUGCAGCUCAUAAACGAGAGAGAGAUAGAGACAGAGAGAGAAGUAUAGAGAGAGAGAGAGAGAGACAGAGAGAGAAGUAUAGAGAGAGAGAGAGAGAGAGGGAGAGAGAGAAGUAGAGAGAGAGAGAGAGAGAGAGAGAAGUAUAGAGAGAGAGAGAGAGAGGGAGGUGGGACUGAAAGAUAAAAUAAGAAAUAAAGGAUGAAAGAAAAAAGAAAGGGAGCAAGAGGGAGGGACUGUGAUCGAGUGGGAAAUAACGGUUGAGGGAAAGAAAGAAAUUACCCAAUUAACCUUUUAAAGAACCCUCGAAGAACCUUUUUUAAAGCCAAGAACCCUUAAAGAACCCAUGAAGUGGUUUUGUUCUAGAAGACACAAAACCAUAUUAAUCUAAUGCGCCCUUGGAGAACACUUUUUUUUUAAAACAAAGAACCUUUAAUUAUCGAAUGAACAUUUUAUAGAACCUUUGAAGAACCUUUUUUGAAAGCCAAGAACCCUUAAUUAUCCAGUCCACACUUUUUACGAUCUCAAGUAGAGAUUUUUGUUUUCUAAGAUUUUUUAAUGCUCCCCUGAAGCAAGUUUUUUUAGGAAACUAAGAACCCAUAGCUAUCCAACAAACCCUCGACGAACCCUUUGAUCUUGAGAGUGUGUAUUGACUGGGUAGGUAUGCUGCACCAACUCUAAAUUAUUACUCAUUAUUUUCUUUUUAUACCUAUACCUACGUGUCAGGAGCUUAACAUGUAACUUCUUAGUAGAUGCUUCACAUUGUCAUUUUGCUCUUCUGAACUGCCGCUCCAUCUCGGAUAAAGCCUCAUACCUCAACAAAAUAAUCACUGGCAAAAACUUUGAUAUGUUACUACACGUCAAAACCUGCCAAGUACCCAGUGAUUACUUGCAGCUGAACCUCCUUACACCAGAUGGAUAUAGACACCUGUCCAGACUGUCUCCGUGGCAACGGGGGUGGCCUUGCUGUCAUCUGUCGAAAUGAUUUGCAUCUCACGCAACUUGAUUUUCACAACACUAAUACAUUCGAAUAUAUGGUACUGAAGAUUGAUUUUCAUUGUCCUCUCACAAUUAUUCUACUAUAUCGUCCUCCUAAGGCUGAGUCUGACUUUGUUUCCCGAACUGAGUGAACUGCUAACUCUUGCCUGCGCUUCAUCAUCAUUUGUCCUCCUGCUUGGUGACUUUAAUAAUCAUCUGUAUACAGUGUGCUCGAACUCAUCUCAACUAUUGUCUGUUUUUGACUGUUUCAAUCUGACUCAUCAUGUGACUUUUUCUGCUCAUAUCCAUGAUCAUACUCUUGAUUUAAUCCGUACAUCUGGGUUUGAUAUUGCUUCAGUCUCCUCUUUUGACACCAGCAUCUCUGAUCAGUAAGCUCAUUGAAUUUAGUCUCAGUCUACCUGCUCAAAAGAAAUGUAGUAACACAAUGAUAUAGAAUGUUCCCUUUCCAGAACCUUCACACUAACUGUCGGAAUGAACUAACGGUUGGAAUGAACUUCCAACCUCAAUCCGGACCACAGAAUCUGUCACCAUCUUCAGAAAACAGCUAAAGACCCACCUCUUCUGUGAACACCUAACCAACCCCUAAAAUGCCAACCCCGCAUUAUUUAUUAAAAUAAUAAUAAUAAUAAUAACUUACUCUGGCUUUUACACCUCUACUCUGCGCACUUUGCUUCUCUAGAACUCAAUUAUAAAUCUUGUACGGUAGCACUACUUGCAUUGUUCUCCACUUGAUAUAUCGCUUUGCUUGUAUUUCCUCAUUUGUAAGUCGCUUUGGAUAAAAGCAUCUGCUAAAUGAAUAAAUGUAAAUGUACAUGAUUUCCUAUCGGGACCUUAAAUCUGUUGAUGCCACAUUACUCUCUGCUUCCAUCGCUUCCUCUACAAUUUCUGAUGUUUUUGAUAUUUCCUGUCCUUUAAUGAAACUCUCAAAAAACCACUCUGUUAUUUCUGAUAUUUUGCAUAAGCAUGCUCCUAUUAAGACCAGGCCUGUCCCCUCCUCCCACACUUUCCCCUGGUAUACACCUGAGCUCCGGGCCUUAAAAGUCAUUGGUAGACAUCUUGAGGCUUUCUAGGAAAACUGGUCUUACUGUUUAUCAUCUAGCUCUCAUUGAUCACCUCAACACAUACAAAACUGCUCUGAACUCUGCGCGGUGUAAUUAUGUUUCCACAAUGAUCAAUGAAGCAAGCACUAAGGCCUUUCCAGUGUGGCCUAAGGUUUUGUUUGACACAAUCAAUAAGCUCACCCAACCCCCAGGUCAUGAUGAUCACGCAUGUGAAGCGUUCUGUUGCGCUUUCCUGAAUUAUUACUAGGAAAAUUUGAAUGCUGUUCGCCAGUGCUUUAUAGGCAAGGCCGAUAUUAGUUUUCUGCCUGACCACGCUUCUCAACAAUUGUCUAUCUUUACUCCUACGAACCCCUCUUCUAUCAGUGACUUAAUACUGAAAUCCAGUUCUUCAUCCUGCCACCUUGAUCCUGCUCCAACAUUUCUCCUCACAUGUCGUCAUACUGUCCUCUCCGCACCUAUUUCUCACUUCAUAAGCACAUCUUUAGCUUCUACGUCUCUCCCUCUACCAGUUAAAACUGUGGUGACACCAGUUCUUAAAAAACCUAACUUAAAAACUUUCAUUUUUAAAAUGCUGGAAAAUACUGUUGCCUCCCAGCUACAGUCAUUCUUUGCUCAAAAUAAUCGCUUUGAUCCCUUUCAAUCUGGCUUUCGUCUUCUCCAUAGUACUGAAACUGCCCUCGAAAUUGUUGUGAAUGACCUAUUACUCUCUAGCGACUCCGGUUCUCUUUCUAUUCUUCUAUUACUCGAUCUUAGUUCUGCUUUUGAUACUGUCUAUCAUGACGUACUUCUCUCCCACCUCUCGGAUGUUGGUGUCACAGUUGCUGAUCUUUCCUGGCUUACUUCAUAUCUCAUAUAUAGACAGUUUUACAUUUCUGUGCAGGAUUAUAAAUUGCCUAGUGCAUCUCUGAAAUGAGGUGUCCCUCAGGGAUUGGUUCUUGGACCUCUACUAUUCAUUAUAUAUUUAUACAUAACGCCUUUGGGUCAACUUAUUUUCUGCCACGGUUUCAGUUACCACUGUUAUGCUGAUGACAUUCAAAUCUGUAAAGCUUUUAGAUCUGCUCCCACUCUCCCCACCGGUCCACUAUCAGCAUGUGUAAAUGAAAUAAAAGGAUGGCUUAACUCCAGUUUUUUAAAACUGACUAUGGACAUAACCGAGAUCAUUAUUACUGGAACACCAGCACUUAUUAAAAAUAUCCUUUAUGACCUUACUUGUGACAUUAAUCGUGCUCUCAUUAAACCAUCUAAAACUGUAAAAAAAUUAGGCAUCAUCUUUGAUCCCUCUCUCACCUUUGAAGCUCAUAUAAACAUGGUUUCUUUCACCUUCGUCACAUUGCUCGCCUCCGUCCCUUCAUUCGCCCCAAAGACGCUGAAACACUGCUUCAUGCAUUUAUAUAUUCACAUCUUGAUUAUAGCAAAGCUCUCCUCAUUGGUUUACCUGCUAAUUCUAUUGCUAGGCUGCAAUUUAUUCAAAACUCUGCCGCUAGACUUCUUACACAUACCAAGCGCUCAACUCACAUUACGCCAAUCUUGUCUGAACUGCACUGGCUGCCGGUUUCAUUUCGCAUUAAAUAUAAAAUAAUCCUGCUUACAUUUAAAUCACUUCACUGUUUGGAACCUUUCUAUCUUAGUGAACUGCUUCUCCCCUACAACCCAACCUGCUCUCUCAGGUCCUCUGGACUCGGACUCCUCUCUGUCCCUAGAUCUCAUCUCUCUACCAUGGGUGGCAGGUCUUUCAGUGUAGCUGCACCCAAAAUCUGGAAUUCACUCCUUCUGACUCUUUGCAGCAUCACAUUCAUCUCCAAGUUCACAUCCCAAUUAAAACGUAUCUGUUUUCUCAAUGUUAUCCGUCCUAAUGUGUUGCUGAGCAUUUUUCUCAGUGACUGUACUAUCUGUGCCGUGUUUUUCGUUUUCUGGGUUUGAUUGCUUUUCACAUUUUGUGUUUGUCCAUGAUUGUCCAUUGUUUAUGUAUCAUUGUUUUACUACUGUAAAGCGUCCUUGAGCUCUGGAAAGGCGCUACAUAUAUUAAACAAUAUCAUUAUUAGUAGUGGUACUUGGUACGCUCUUGGGGGGGGAAGGUUCUUUAAGAAUACAUUAGAGAAUAUUUAGAGAAUGUUUUGUAGCGCAUUUGAUAAAAUAUUUAAAGAACAUUUAGAGAACAUUCGGAAAAUGAAGUGUUCUUAUCCUCUUAAAAAGUUUUGGAACCAGUUCUGAUAGGAAACACUGUGCUGGGGCUGUUUAUGUCCCUGUGGUUUUAAAGCAGAGCCGUAAAUCCGAUUCUUCGUUUGAUGUGAGAGCGAAGUUUAAUAACAGGAAAUGACGGAUAAUUCGAUAAGAAUCGAUCGUUUUGCUCUGAUCCCGAUCGCGGCCGUCUGUAACAUGUUUAUUUCACUGAAAACCGGAUGAAAUCACUCAAUUAAAAAAUACGAGAACUGAAAGCGACCGCAGGUCACAAGUGCGUUUUUCAGAUAUAUUUGAUUGUUCUGAACCGCCCCCCCGCAGUGUUUUUUUCCCUUUCUUCAUCUUUAAUUCUCCAUGAGCAAUCUGAUCUGCUCGUAACCAGACCCUCGCCGCUGAUUCCAUUAGUCUGAUGCCCUUCUUCCUGCUUUUCCUUUCAACUGCUUUUUUCUUCCUCCCCUGAAGGAAAUGUCAUUUUUUUUUAAUUCCUCCUUUAAAUUCAGUCCAGGUUGUUGGUUUUGUUUUGUGCUGCUUCGCUGGGUUUUUUCCUCUCCUGCUUCCUGUGUGUUUGUUGUGUGUGUUUGUGGAUUUGCAGUGUGUGUGCUCAGGUUAUAUUCACUUUUGUAAAGGUAUAGUAUGGAAUCCCUCCUCCAUUUUUUCUAUAAUUUUGGACUUGGCCGAUUCCCACCCACCAGCCAGCUCUCCACCUAUCAUACGACAGCUACCAGGGUGAAGGCGAACACGUGUUCUCUGAAACACGUAACGCAGACCAACUGCCGACUCCUCAGACCAACACUCAGAGGAAAGUGCUGUCUACCCUCUUCCACGUAUGUGCAACUCAGCAAGCACCUAUGAUUGGCCGUUGUUGCUGUGAUUGACAGGGGAGAGAGAACAUGCCCCUCCCACCCAGAGAGCAAGGACAAUUACACUGUCUUGACUUCCAGCCACAAAUUGCUGUGGCAUCAUCAGGAUUCAAAAUCUUCUCUCUUGCCCAAUUUGGAUUUUUACACACCUUCGUCGACUUCGCCUCACUCCCAAACAAGAGGAGGAUGGACAAACCAGGAACAGGUUUUAAAAUCAGUUCCUACAUGAUUUUGUGAUCGCAGAAAUGAAUGCAAAUUCAAGUAGACUCUGCAAUAUUCAGAAGAGCUUGCAGUUUUUUUAAAUUACCACAGAUUUUCCACAGAUUUAGGCCAAAACGAAUCAGGUGACAUCAUCACGACGCGCAUUCAGCCAAAUCCCUCUUCUAUUCAUAUACGUCGAACACGAGUACAGCUUAAAAGUCUCGUUUACCAACAAACGUCACUGCGGAAGACCGUGCAAAACUAAUUCCUGCAAUCGCGAUUUUGCCUAUUCAGUAGUUUCCCACAAAAAACCGUGCAAGUUGUAUAGCAAAUAAAAAAAUAUAUAUGUUCACUCAGUUAAAUUGCAUGAACUAAAUUGUCUUGGUGACACACAUGCUAAAUCAAUGCAGCAAAUUAUAUAUAAUGUUUCUUUUUUUAAAAAAAAUAUGUAUUAUUUCCAAGUGUUGCUCAGGUUGAUAAAUUAUAAACAAACCUGUCCGGUAUUUUUUUUUAUUUAUUUAUUUUUUUUUAACCCUUGUGUGUCCUUAUGGACAUUUUUGUCUUUUUUUUUUGUUUGUGUGUUUUUUUUAGCAUUUUGUCUGUAUUACUGCAAACAGCAUAAAUUUUGCAAAAGGUGUGUAUUUUUAUUAGAAUUUUAAUAUUUCACCCUAAUUUAAUUUCAUAAAUCUAUUUAAAACUAGGUGACAAAAUAGUUACACUCAGGACCUUAAGGACAAAAAUGUCCCCACUGAAACCCAUUCAAACUGCAAUAUUUAAUCCCUGUGACGUUCAAGCAUAAAAUCAUCCUUUCUGUGUUAAUAGGCUUUUAUUUUGUUUCAAAACAUUGAAUUUUCUGACAUGUGUAGUAUUUUCUCAGGUUUAGCCUCUUGGGAAAAGACAUGCUUUUCCUUUUUCGUGAUUCUGCUGUAUUAUAGAGAACUGCAGACCAACUAAAUAAAUGAUGCAGCUGUA